UCAAAAAUCAAAAUACCUCGAGGAAGAAGAAGUAGCGGUCAGCAUGUAAAUGUAAACAUUGUACGCGGUUACGGGUUAAUAAAGUUAAUUUUUGAUAAUUUUUAGACAAAAAUGGAAGAUGUUAAUACAUUAGGACACAUGGAAAUCGAUGAACACCAAACAGAACUUAACGAUAACCUUUUAUCAGCGGUUAAUGAUGAAACAAUAAAUUCACCUCAGGUGGAUCAUACCAAUGGGAAUACAAACUCACAAAGCGAUGUAAAUGAAGAAUAUUUACCACAAUAUAUUCCACUGUUUGCUGACAAAACUCUUGUGGAACUGUGCAACUCCUCGUGGUCGCUUUCAAAUAAAAAAGCAAGUGGUGAACUCCAGCCUUACUUGCGAGGUUGUAAAUGGUCCCCAGACGGAACGUGUUGCUUGUCCGUGGUCAACAACGAUGGAGUACACGUGCAGGAGCUCCCAAGAGACUUAUACACGGCCAACGUGUCCAGAGAACGCACUAUUGAUAUACUAGACUCUAUUAUUCAUAUCAAAGAAAGCGGCCUAGUGUAUGACUUCUGUUGGUAUCCUGGCAUGAAUAGUAAUGUUCCAGAAAGUUGUUGCUGGCUCACAACAAGACAAAAUGCACCAGUGCAAAUGUGGGAUGCAUUUGAUGGAUCACUCAGAUGUUCGUACCGAGGCUUCAAUGCUGUUGACGAGAUGGAGCCAGCCCUGUCUGUGACUUUCAACUUGGAUGGAACAAGAAUUAUUGCUGGAUAUAAGAAGGCUUUAAGAACUUUUGAUGUGGAAAGACCAGGCAGAGAGUUUGUAGAGCAUAAAACCAAUUCACCAGCCUCCUGUUUUGCUACGGACAGAAAUUUAGUAGCCAUGGGGUCAUGGAAUACAACAAUCACUCUAUAUAACAUUAAUGAAAUGGGCACAUACAAGAGUAUUGGCAAAAUGCAUGGACACUCGGGUGGAGUCACACAUAUGAAAUUUACCCCAGAUGGCUUAAAAUUAGUGUCCGGCGCAAGAAAAGACAACAAACUUCUCGUAUGGGACAUUAGAUACUACAGACGACCUCUAAAUAUAUUGUCAAGGGUGGUAGAUACAAACCAAAGGAUUUACUUUGAUAUUUCUCCAUGCGGGAAGUACUUAGUGUCUGGUGGCACUGAUGGUAUUGUGAAAGUCUGGGAUGAGAAUGCUGUUAGUUGGAAAGAUGGUUUAGAUGUAGCAGAUGUUGAUAAAGACAAUGUUACUUUUAAGUUUCCGUUGCAUACAGAUUGUUGCAACAGCAUAUCAAUACAUCCGCUUAGGCCAAUACUUGCUACAGGUUCAGGCCAAUACCACUUUGUAGAUCAUCAGGCGAUAUUUGAAGAUGAUAUAAAGACAGAACCAAUGGAGAAUACUUGUGAUGUAAAUGCAAAAGACUUGAAUACGAAAUAUUCUAGUAGUUGUGAGAAUAGUCUAGUGUUUUGGUGGAUAGGAGAUGUGGAGGAUAAUACAUAGUACAAACUAAUUUA